UGACAACCUCCGAACAAAUAAAACAAAACAGAGAGAGGGAUAACCCCAACGCUUAUAUUUGAGAAGAUCGAUCAUCGGUCUCCUCUUUCUCUUAUCUUUCUCUCUCUCUCUCUCUCUCUCUCAGUUGGUUUUUGGAGUGAGAAAGAGGGCAUUUACGGAGAGAGAAGGAGAGCAAAGGCCGAAACAGUAUUUCUUCCUUGUUUUUCUCUAUCUCUGUAAAACCCCCAUUUAGAGAAAGAGAGAGAGUGAGAGAGAAUGGAAAUGGGUGGGAAGAGAUUCGCCGUUCUUCUGUGCGCAGAGGACUCGGACUACGUGAAGAAGAAGUUCGGAGGGUACUUUGGGGUGUUCGUGAGAAUGCUGGCCGAGGAAGGCGAGACGUGGAAAAUGUACCGCGUGGCCUGCGGCGAGUUCCCGGACGACGAAGAGAUCGGUGUUUUUGAUGGGUUUGUGAUCACUGGAAGCUGCAAGGAUGCGCAUGGAAACGACGUUUGGAUCUGUAAACUGUUGAAUCUGUUGAAGAAAUUGGACUCCAUGAAGAAAAAAGUUCUGGGGAUAUGCUUUGGACACCAGAUACUAGCCCGUGCAAUUGGAGGACAGACAGGUCGGAACAUGUCGGGCUGGGACAUUGGAGUCACAACCAUUCAUUUAUCAUCCUCCUUAAAGCUCCUUUCUUCUGAUCUGAAAAUUCCUGCAACUCUCUCUCUGAUCGAAUGCCACCGAGACGAGGUCCGGGAACUUCCUGCCAAGGCUGAGGUGAUUGCAUGGUCUGAGAAAACAGGAAUCGAGAUGUUUAGGUAUGGGAAUCAUUUCAUGGGCAUCCAAGGUCACCCCGAGUACACACACGACAUUCUUCUUCACCUCGUUGAUGACCGCCUUCUCCAACGCGAUUUGAUUAUGGAAUCCUAUGCUGAGGAGGUGAGAGCUAAGAUGGGAGAAGGUCAUGAGCCGGAUAGAGAGGCAUGGAAGAAACUGUGCAUUAGCUUUCUCAAGGGUAGUACUGGAAUGGACUUCGUUAGAUCAAUAGAAGAAAAUUGUAAAUAUUAGUUAUAGCACUCGAUCGUGUUCGUUCGGAAGUAGUAGUAGAAGGAAUUAAGAUCGAGUUGGAGAUCAUCUAAGUACUGUGAUAGGGCAGUCAUGAUCCGGCGCUAUAUAUAAUAUAUAUAGCUAUCAUGCAAGUUAAUUAAUUAGCAUUAUUAUUAUAUAUAGCUGCAAUAUUAGGAGGCAAUUAGUUUAAUUAAUUAGCUAGCUAGCCAGCUAGCUGUUUUCGGAGUUGGCUAUCUUCAUCAAGAUAUCAUUGAUGAACUGUAGUUCGUGCAUAUCGAGAAAUUAAGUCGAAAUUUACAAACCUA